AUGCCAUUAGUCGAUCUACCUCAGUCUUCAGACACGGUCGAAGUCUUCCUCAUCGACUCAGGCGCUCGUCUGGACCUCCCCGCACAACAGUUCCUGAUUCCCGAGAUCCAAGGCUACGACCGCAUGGCAGUGCCGUCGUAUUGCUUUCUCAUCACGCACCCAUCCGGCCAGCGCCUCUUAUUCGACCUGUCUUUGCGAUCGGACUUUCACAAUCUUGCACCCGUGUUUGCCGAGCCCUGCACCAACCCCUCGAGCAAAGACUGGAAGAUCUCCUCCCCGCGCAACGUCUCGGAUAUCCUAGUCGAGAACGACGUGGCCCUCGACGAGAUCAAGGCCAUCAUCUGGUCGCACUACCACUUCGACCACACCGGCGACCCAUCGUUAUUCCCCAGCUCCACCGAUCUGGUCGUCGGACCCGGCUUCAUAAACAAAUGCACGCCCGGAUGGCCCGCGCAACCCGAUUCCCCCGUCAAGUCAGAUGACUGGAAGGGGCGCACGCUUCGUGAACUGCAAUUCGACCAGCCGACGCUACAGAUUGGGGGCUUUCCCGCAAUUGACUGGUUCGGCGAUGGGAGCUUCUACCUCCUGCAUACUCCAGGGCACACAGCAGACCACAUGGGAGGGCUGGCACGCGUGCAGCCGGAUUCCUUCGUUCUCAUGGGGGCGGACUUCGCCCACCACCCCGGCGAGUUCCGUCCUUCAGAGCAUAACCCGAUUCCAGCGAGCAUCUCACCCUCCCUACUGCCAUCGCAUCCCCGAUUCGGGAGCGUCUGCCCAGGCCACAUCUUCCACCCGCUGGGCUGCCACCCGGGCAAAAAUGACCGUCCAUUCUUCGAGUCCGCCGCAGAAUUCUGCCAUGAUUCAGACGAGUAUCUGCAAACCGUCAAGGGAUUGACCGAAUUCGACGCCGAUGAGCGGGUUCUGGUACUAACGGCUCAUGACCACAGUCUCUUGCCCAUUUUCACGGGCGCGGAGGAUCGGGAUGCCGGCUGGUUCUUCCCGCACCGGACUUUGAAUGGCUGGCGGGAGGCGAGGCUCGGGGAGCGGGGAAUGUGGCGGUUCCUGGGUGAUUUCCGAGAUGCGAUUGGUGAGAGGUGA